AUGUGUUUCUCGUGGUCAAUCGCUGCUGCCAUUUUGGCCGGCUUCACUGCUUUCAGUCACGCCAAGGCAAUCGCUUUCCAUGGCUGUGACGGAGUUUAUCGCAACCUCCACCAGGAGUUCCCGAACCAGGUUCUUCUGAGAAACGAAACUGCGUACGCCUUGGAUCAGACAUCCUUCUGGUCGACUAUCCAAAGUUCCGCCUCUCCGACCUGCUUUUUUGCCCCUGCGAGCGCAAAUGAAGUUUCGAGGGCAGUUGUCAUUGCUCGAGAUGGCCAGUGUCAAUUUGCAGUCAAGAGUGGAGGUCACUACUCGUUCGAAGCAUCCACCAUCGAGGACGGUUUGGUGGUUGACCUCGCCCGUAUGAACGAAACCGUCGUGAGUGAUGACAAAAAGUCGGCUGUUGUCGGGCCUGGUGGCCGGUGGUCCAGCGUGUAUCCCAUCCUACAAGAGCAAAACCUCACCAUCCCUGGUGGAAGGAUGUUCGGCGUCGGCGUCGGCGGUCUCACUCUAGGCGGCGGGAUCUCUUGGUUGAGCAACCUCCAUGGCAUGACAUGUGACAACGUUUUAGACUACGAAGUUGUCUUGGGCAAUGGCAGCAUCGUCACGGCGUCUCCCAACUCCCACCCUGACCUGUACUGGGCUCUCCGCGGCGGUGGAAGCAACUUUGGUAUUGUCACUAAGUUCACUUUCGACGCCUAUGAGCAGGGACAACUGUGGACAGGUCAGCUGGAAUACGACGGCGCCUCCAACGCGUCAUCCAUCACAGCCUUCGUCAACUGGGGCGAUCAACUCGUAGCAACCGAUCCCAAGAGCUUCAGCGUACUGCUCUGGGACUACAACAAGGACGCUCCUCCGACUGGGAUAGUUAUUCUCACACACGCCGACACCUUCACCGACAACAAGCACCCUGCAGUAUUUGACGGUUUCUACAGUGUCGGACCCAGAAACAUCACGGAGACCAACGCAUACCACGCUGAGAUCGCCGAUGGCCUUGUAUUCCCGGGCGGUGUGACCCGCAACUCCUUCUGGACGACCUCAUUCGUACUGGACGCGGAAAUGAUGCAGACGGCUUUCGAAAUCUGGCGCGAAGAGGCCAAGGCCAUCGAGGAUAUCGCGACACAGCAAUUGCAGCUCCAGAUCUUCACGCGCGCCGAGUUCGAUUUCGCUAAGCGUAACGGCGGGAACCCCACCAGCUUUGCCGAGCAAGAACGGCCUCUCGGGUUUCUGAACAUCAUCGCCAUGUGGAAAAAUGCCGAGGACGACAAGAUUGUCUACGCCACACAGCAGCGUAUCGAGGACCGCGUGAAUGCUGCCGCAAGGGAAAGGGGGCUGUAUAACGGGUUCAAGUACACCAACUACGCCAGCCAGUUUCAAGAUCCCUUCACCAGCUACAGAGCGGAGAAUAAGGCGCGACUUCUGAAGAUUGCGAAGGACUAUGAUCCGGACGGUGUUUUCCAGAAUCUCGUCAGUGGUGGGUUCAAGCUCACGCGUGGACCUGAACAUGUCUAG